UCAGCUUUGCAGAUUCGCAGCCACCUUUAUUGUGCACGAAGACAGAAGAGAGAUGUCGGCCGGAGCAGAGGAAGACAAGAAGCCCGUCGCCGGCGAUCAGGGCGCUCAUAUCAACCUUAAAGUCAAAGGACAGGAUGGCAAUGAAGUGUUUUUCAGGAUCAAAAGGAGCACCCAACUGAAGAAACUCAUGAAUGCAUACUGUGAUCGCCAAUCAGUGGAUCUUAAUUCAAUAGCUUUCCUGUUUGAUGGUCGCCGUCUUCGAGGGGAGCAGACUCCAGAUGAGCUAGAGAUGGAAGAUGGCGAUGAGAUUGAUGCAAUGCUACACCAAACUGGAGGAGCAAGUGUUUAAGCUCUUUCUAUUCCAUGGAAAGAUAGCACGGUUUUAACCUUCCAAGUUCGGUGGACAUCAAUGAACUAUUAAGUUGUGAUCAUAGAGUUUUUUUUUUGUUUUUUGUUUUUUGUUUUUUUUUUUGUUUGGACAUAUGAUAGAUACUGUAUGCUGAACUUGCUUCCGCUCAAUUAAACUUAAGCAGCACUUUUCCUGCGAUUAUCCCAAUUUAUAAUCCAUUACGUAGUUUUGGAUA